AUGAACAAAUGUAUCUUCGUCGACGAUUCUUGCAAUCUGUCUAUCCGCGACAUACCAGAAACGUACCAUCCCAAGGACGGCCAAGCCCUGGUUAAGGUUGAAUACUCUGGUAUCAACCCAGCUGAUCUGAACCAUCCAAAGGAUCUUGGUAUGAAGAACAACGUUUGCGGCUAUGAAAUCUGCGGCACCGUCAUAGAAGCAGGAAGGCAUAGUCGCUACACAGUAGGAGACGUCGUCUUUGGAUCUAACCAUCCCGGACGCUCGAAACCAGGAUAUCAUGGGGGACAUCAAGAUUUCGCUAUUUUGGAGUCAAACCUGAUGUCAGCCAUGUUACCCGCCCAGGUCCCUCGUGCAGACGCCGCCGCUCUCAGUAUAAUGGUCCGUUCAGCUGCCGAUGCAUUGCUUAAUCAUUUCGAGAUCCCGUUUCCUGCCAUAGGCGUCUUGGGGCCACCUCCAGAGGGUGCACUUCUCGUUUGGGGCGGCGCGAGUAGCGUCGGUAGUGCAGCGAUACAACUCGCAAAGGCUAUGAGAGUGAAAUGGAUAUUCACUACUGCUUCGCCUGCCAACCAUGAGGCACUCCUUGAGCUCGGCGCCACAAAAUGCUUCGACUAUCGAGACCCCAAUGUCGUUGAUGCUGUUCGAGCUGAAACUGAGAAGGAGGGAGUCACCAUCAAAUAUGUCCUAGACACUGUCUGCAAGAAAGGCAGUCCUGGAACCAUUGAACAGUGCGAGUCGAUCGCUACAGCACCAGACGUCACACUCGUCAGCUGCCUGCCCCAGAUCAGUAACCCACCACGCUGGAGAAUGGUUUUUGCUUCAAGGGAAAUUGACAAUCCUAUCCCGUUCGAGUUUCCUGGUGGGAAUAAAGCAAACAUGAUAUGGGAAGCACGACUAGAGAGGGCGGUUAUUUGGGCUGCGACAAACUAUGGGGAGCAGUUCCGAAUUCCAAAUGUUCAGAUUGUGGAGGGGGCAGAGAAGGGGAUUCAGGCUAUCAAGGAUGUGAACGAUGGCAAGGUCAGCUUGACCAAGAUUGUCAUCAAGCACCCUCUUUAG